AUGGAAAGCAUAUUUGCGAAUUGCACUCACCAAAGCGACACCGGCCAAAGAAAAUCUGCACACUACGGAGGCGCGGAGGGCGACACUGCGCGGCCGACUCGUGUUUGUGUGGCUGUCUGCUUGCGCGUGGGCAGGCGGGGGAGUCCGCCCACAAAGCCGCGGAGGGCCGUCGCGGUGAACCUGACUGCGCCGGAGGACGGCGACAAGGUCGUCUGCGCUGGGUCAGUAGACCACGGGCGCGGCUCAGGGCACCAGCGGAUUUACCAAGCUACGCGACAGGUUGGGAAACGAAAAUUA